GGGAAAGUCAGGGCAUGUACGCCCUGUGGUACCGCUUGCGGGCUUCUACUAAUUAAAUACCUAGCUAAUGAAGCAGAUUAGUAUGUUCGCUGCGGGAGCUGCCGCGCACUGAAAGGCUUACAUUACAUCUACUUUGCUAACACAUCAUUUUACAGAGCACGAAUAUGUUGACCCGCGGUUUUCCUAAAGUGAGGAAAGGGCAAAAGCGAUCUUAGCCCGCUAAUAAUGCAGGCGCGAAUGAGGCGAAGGAUAUAAACUCGCGCACGCAGAAUGAUGAGCAAGACCAGAAGUUUCAGAUUGUUGGAGGCCUGACAAGGGUGGAAUAAGUGUUCUCUAUGCAAAAGAAAAAAGCUACUGAUAUACCAACAGUGCCGGAACUACACAUAAGCAAUAUACGUGUAAGGCCGAAUGUACACACUUCAUAGUUUUUGUAGUACUGCGGUGACGGUCUCAGGAACCGGAAGUUGUAAGUCACAAAAACUGACGGCAAGGAAUAGACAAAAUAAUUGCUCUUGCAAGGCACAAUUAGAAUCGAGGGCUACCCUCACCUAGACAAACAGGAUGGCCUUGUCGGUCUGUACCUCAAAGGUCACGGGACUAGCACUUGUCGGGUCCAUCGCUUGUAACGCAGGCAGUGCUUAACUUGGCACAGAAAGAGCAAGCAGAGUAGGCCUCAUGACAUACGCGUGGUGACGAUUUUCAGUAUUAUCGGUAUCAGCAGUUAAGUUUGAAGGAAUGGUGUAUCAGCAGACCUUUUACGUGUGCACUCCUGGAACUUGCUUGUUUCCAAUCGGGAUACGUUUACCAACGGCCUAACUAAAUUGUGUUUGCGUGGCAAUAAGUUACACAGCUAAGGAACUCAGUCAUAAUGCUUAUCCAUACUCAAAACGAUGACCUAGGUGUUGGGGUAGAUCCAUCUUAGAGCAGCGAGUGACUACGACUGAUUUCUUUUUUCAUAUCGACUGAUUAACGAACUGAUGAAGGCGUGUGCGUAGGUUAGCAUUUCAAUCGGUGUUUUGUGUCGUGGCGGUUGACAAAACCAAUUCAAAAGGUGCUGUAUGCCCUUGUUGGGUACACUCAGAGAACCUUACGUAAAUCGGUCUUGAACAUCUUGUUUAGUCUUCCAUCUGAUCAGGAAUGGACUGCUGGAGCUUGUGAUCUAAAUGAGCUACCAGCGUCGAGAAACAGUAGAACGGUGAUGCCGCAGCUUGAUUACGACCAUUAGCGAUUAGAUGGUUGCAUGGACGUGUUGGUGAUUAUCGGUGGCGUGAAUGGCGGUGCAAUGUUUUAUUCAGUUACAAGCGCCGGUAAUCCAGAACACAACGAUCGCCGCAACUUCGUCGGAAGCAAAUGCGGUACCUAAUACUACAUUAAUCGAUAAUAGCCGCCUUCUUCAUCUAAAUGGCUUGAACAUAAAUCUGAAAUUGAAUGCAGCUGGCGUACGGCCUGCUUUGGUGUAGAUGGCCUGUUAUUUGGCAGAAACGGUGCUUUGAGACCGAUAGUGCUUGGAAUCGCAUGUUUAGUGCAAACUCAAUACAUCGUAGGAUUGUUUGCAGUGAUGACAACUUUCAAACGUAAUUCCGUUGUCAGUAUACCAUGCAAAAGUUGGUACACGAUUAACCCGUCUGGCUGGUGUUUGCAGGAGCAGCUCGAACGUUUGCAGCAAACUAGUUGUUGAAUUACAUCGACAGCAUUCUGUAGGAAGAGCUGGUUACCUUCAACAAUUACUACUCAGCGAAGUGCUUAGCCUCGUAAAUAGACAUUUCAGUUCUUAAUCCAUUUGUGAUUCAGAGACCAAUAAAUUCUUCAAUGUCUUUGCGACUCUCAUCAAGAAUGGCAUGGUCGGGUAACAGAGCAGCGUCAAUAGCAGGUCGUCAUUAUCUAACAAAAAUUAUGGAUUCCUCAGUAUGGCUGAAUAAGCGUCUAUUCAUAUCCGACCGUCGUCAUCAGAUCAAUGCCAUCUCACGUGAAAUACGGCGGCAGCUUGCAAAUUCGCUGAUAAAAUUUCCACCACUUUGCAUUGGGGAAAUACUACUUUUGAGCUUGUUAGGUGGGCUAUAGCAAGUCUUUAUUGCAGUGUUAAGUUUUUUCUUGGUUAAAGUAAAAUUGCAGGAGCACUGCGUGCUGUCUAGGAAUAAUCCAUGGAUUUUACAUUGUCCGGUGAUCAUUUCAUGAUGUGAAACAUUAGCUGCGCUUUUUAUAAUUAGAGUCUCGCCGGACAAACUUUUGAAGGGAUCUCUCAUUAAGUGAAUUUCAGUAGAGCGUUGCCUAGCAAGUAUGUCCUUAAUAUCUCGGAUUAUUUCUCGCGAAUCAAAAUUAUGAUCUAGUUUUUACUGCCGGAAUAGAAAAAAGAUUAACAGCCAAUUUCUCGGUUAUACUGUUUUCAAGCGUAUUAAAUUGGGUGUCGAGUGGACGCGUUACGGUAGAUGACGUUUGAAUGUAGGUGUCAUUUGACGAACCUAUUCUAUACAAAUAUUUGCACGGAUGAGAGGUAGUCAAGUCCAGGUUUACAGCCUAGAAGUCCUAUUGAUGCUAAGAUAUGAUAGACAGCUCUAGGUGUAAGCAGUCUGUGUUUUCUGGUCGGUUGGUAAAAGCCCAAUCGCACGUUAUCCUGGACGAAACACGACCCCGAUUUCGACACAGUUCCUUCUCUACGACCGUGCUGCCUACUUUCUUGCGACGAUCCUCGUUCGACCAAGCAAGGCUUGGCAACUGUAGCAGGUUGAGAUCAGUGUCUGUAAAGGGUAUGUCUUCGGUAACGAAACAAGAAAUAGGAUCAACCUCGUAAUUCUGCAUGUAACUAAAAAGGCCAUAAUCGCGUGGAUGUAGAUCAAAGUCUGUCCAGCUUUAUGGAAGUGGCGCCAUCAUUUACAUCAUUCAAGUUCUGUGACGCUUCAAGAUCCAGCCGUUGUAACUGUAACUGUGCUGUAGCCCGUGUACCGUUCUGCACAGAGCAGCACAAUGGAUUCGAAAAUUUCGUCGGCCGACCGAUACUGGACAUUUGAAAAGAUAUCCACAGCGUUUGUGGUGUCAUUUGGGAAAAUGGUACAAUUAUUGUGCUGUCUCGGAUUAGCUCCGUUCUACCCUGAGGAGGCUGUAGAAAGAGGGAACACAUCGAUAGAAAUAGGCAUCCUGUUCGGCGUUUAUCCGCUAGUGGGCUUCCUUUGCAGCUCUUUUGUGGGGAAAAUGUUAUCCAAAGGCUACGCACCAAAGAAGAUAUUAUUAUGCGGUCUUCUUAUAGACAGCACGUUUAUAAUUUUGUUCAGUAUGUUAUACAGAAUCCACGAUUCAACAUGGUUCUUUAUUGGUUCAGUUUUUUGCCGUGGCUUUCAGUCGGUCGGGGUGACAAUGUCUAGUGUCACUUAUUACGGAAUUGCCGCAGCAAACUUUCCCGACAAAAUGACAGUUUUCAUUCCAAUCAUCGAAACGAUGUCUGGUUUAGGAGUAAUGGUGGGUCCGACUAUUGGUGGGAUUUUGCAUGAGAUUGGCGGCUUCCCGACGCCGUUCCUAACAUUUGCUGGGAUGACUAUUACGUUUAUGGUUAUAGCUGCCAUUUCAAUGCCUCCAGUUAAAAUGACCGACGAUUCUGUAAGAGACUCCUCAAACAUGGAAGGUGGAUCGGAUUCAGGUUCAAUAAAAGCUAUCAUAAGCGAUUGGCGAAUGCUUAUUGAUGUCGUCACCGUCUUUACCGGAUUCGUCGCGGUUUCCUUUAAUGAUGCGACUUUAGCAAUCCUUCUCGAUCGUUUCGGCCUUAAUUCUGCGUCCAAGGGAGCCACCUUCCUGAUCUCGGCCUGUUGCUACUCUGUCGCAUCUCUGAUUUACGGUCGCAUAGGCAAGAUAAUUAGAGACAUUCGAAUCACUGCUAUCUUCGGAGGGGUCUGCCUCAUGAUCUCCUGGGCGUUCACGUCUGCCCUACCUUUAUUCCCAUUUCGAUCACAAUUGUGGCUGGUUCUGCUGAUGCAAGCGAUUUUAGGCAUAGGCGCUGGGGCGUUUUACAUUUCCAGUUACAGUCACGGACAUACAUAUCUCACAACAAUCAAAGGUUUCCCGAAUGACUACCGCACUUACUCGAUAAUGGCAGGGGUUAUUCAGUCUGCAUUUUUCCUUGGGUCUCUUAGUGGAGCAACUGGAGGAGGUAUCCUGCUCCAGUAUCUUGGAUACGAACGGACCACUCUGGUCAUUGUCGCUCUGAUGGGUCUUUUGACCCUGGUAGUGACGGCGACGGUAGUCUCAGACCACUUGAGUCCACCGAUUGCUGAGACGCAACAGGAAGUUCAAAUUUCGAUGAGCGAAAGUGUGAAAUUCGAGAACGAUUUCAAUGCAAACGAAAGUGAUAUUCGCCAAAUAUAAAGCCGAAUGAUAACUUCGAGACACACUGAUAUAGUCGACAGUUCCCUGUGUCCUCUUAAGCGUCAAAAAUGAACUUUCCGAUCAACUGAGCACCACUAAGUCGUGUAGCUCGUGCACGAAACUUUCCAAAGUAGAAACUGCUAAGCUUAGAACGAUGAGUAAGACUAUUCGUUUUUCUAACCGUGCAUGACGUGCGUGAACUAUCCCUUGUGCACGUGACAGUAAGAACUUUUGCGAUUAGUCACGUAGGGAUCUAAAAAUGAUAACUGCUGUUUAGAAAAUGUGUGCCUAUAAAUAGCAAACAUAAUUUUAUGAAUUUCGAAAAAUCAGAAGCCUACACGACUUAUGAACUCUUUCAGCAAAAUCUAGCCUAAGCCCUGUUUAUAUUUCUCCGUUAUGGCCGUUAUAUUGCUAAUGCUGAUGUUCAUUUGCUAAGUUCAAUGAUCGACUAGAACGUGCUCUAAUGAGAUGUUAGUGGCGUAGUGUGGCACCGCUAUUGUAUUAAGCAUAACUUGUACAGAUCAUAUUUAUAGGUUAUUUUAGUUAGAACUACAUUAUUGUUAGACGAUGAAUAGCAUACUAGUUGCUCUUAUGAGCUACAAUAUUUGUAGAACCAACAAUCACUGAUCGGACAAGCUUACCAAAUGAAUAUGGAACAAUAAAUAUUCGUACG